GGCCCGGGCAUCGAAGCGUUCCAAGUUGCUGCAGAGGCUGCAGGAAGCCAGAGAGCUGCGUUUCCCUCCCAGAAUGGGCCGUCACCCGUCUGGCCUCUCUCCCCUCCGUCCUCUGCCUCCCUUCCCUCUCCUCCGAAACGAGUUGGGAGAGAAAAAAGUCCUCUGCGGGGCUGGGAGAGGUCUCUUUUGCCAAAGCCCCAAGUCAGCUUAGAGAGAUUGACCGAGGGGCCGCAGACUAGCCAAGCCCGCCGGCGGUCCCGACACGGGGCGGUGAUGCUCCGUUUCCGAUGCAGAUCACGUUUGCAUGUUUUUAGAGGAGCGCACUCUCCGUCUCUGUUUUAAGCGACAAGGGUACUAAUUUUCUGGAGUUUCUGCCCCUGCUCUGCGUCAGCCGUCACGUCACUUUGCCAGCAGGAGCAAGAACCGGAGCCGAAGCCGGAGCGGCGUUGGCUGGCACUGGGCUGGAGCAGGAGGCGCCCUCGUUCGGCCGCGGGAGCCUCCGGCCGGGGUGAACGGGGCCGGGGCCGCGGAAGCCGCCUGCGGCCCCCAGGUGCAGCGACCGCAUCGUCCUCGCCGGCGCAUCCCGUGGGUCCAGCUCCUUCGGCCGCCGCCUCCCCCUGCCUGGAGGACCCCCGACCCCGCUGACGCUCAUUCAUUCAUUCAAUCGUAUUUAUUGAGCGCUUACUGUGUGCAGAGCACUGUCCUAAGCGCUUGGGAAGUACAAGUUGGCAACAUAUAGAGACGGUCCCUACCCGACAGUGGGCUAGCUUGGUCCCGUCAUGCGGCGGCGGCGCCCCCCCCAGUGACCAGGCACGCGAUGUCCCGUCCCCUCCCGCCGCUCUGAGUAGUGCUCUCGCCGGUGCCCUCGCCCGCACCCUCGGGGCGCCCCAUCGCGCCGGACAGGGCAACCGGGGCCGAUCCGAGCCGAGCAGGCGGCGCCGAGGGGCUGGGCUGGGCUGGGAGGGCUUGCGGGUCCCGGCUCUCUUCUGCCGUGGCCCGGGAUGCUGCCGUGGAGGAGGAGGAGGAGGUGGUGCCAUGGCCCCGAGCCCGGCAUGGCGCGGCUCUGGGGCUUUUGCGGGCUGCUCGUCCUGGGCUUGUGGAGGGGCGUCCGGGCCUGCCCCGCGCCCUGCAUCUGCAGCGCCACCCGGAUCGCCUGCGGCGACGCCUCCCCGGGCUUGGUGGCCUUCCCGAGGCUGGAGCCCAGCACCGCCGACCUGGAGAACAUCACCGAAAUAUACAUUGCGAACCAGCGGAUGUUGCAAGUCAUCAAUGCUGAAGACCUUGAAGGUUAUGUGGGACUGAAAAACCUAACCGUGGUGGAAUCGGGGCUAACAUUUAUUGCACGCCAGGCAUUUCUGAAAACCCCCAAUCUGCAGUUCAUCAAUUUCACCAGGAACAAACUGACAAGUUUGUCUCGGAAGCAUUUUGGUCACCUCAACUUGUUUGCGCUGACUCUAGCGGGCAAUCCAUUCAAGUGCUCCUGCGACAUUAUGUGGAUCAAGGUAUUCCAGGAGACCAGGUCCAGGAAAGGAAGUCAGGAUUUGUUCUGCAUCAAUGAGAGCAACAAGAAGAUCGCCCUGUCAGACAUGCUGAUCCCAAACUGCGGCUUGCCGUCGGCAAAUUUGAUCACACACAACCUGACCGUUGAAGAAGGAAGGAGUCUCACGUUGUAUUGUAACACUUCAGGAGUUCCAGCUCCUGAUAUUUCCUGGGAUUUAAAUAAUCUGAUCUCCAAACAUGUGGUGGACACAAGUAAGAAACUGGCCUCCUUAAGCAUAACUGGUAUUUCGCCCGAUGACAGCGGAAAACAAAUUACUUGUGUGGCGGAAAAUAUUGUGGGAAGAGAGCAGGAUUCUGUCAACCUCACGGUGCAUUUUGCGCCAACGAUCACAUUUCUUGAACCUCCAACCUCAGACCACCACUGGUGCAUUCCAUUCACUGUGAAAGGCAACCCCAAGCCGACGCUGCAGUGGUUCCACCAAGGGGCUAUCCUGAACGAGUCUAAGUAUAUCUGCACCAAAAUCCACGUCACCAAUCACACCGAAUACCAUGGCUGCCUUCAGCUGGACAACCCCACUCAUGUAAACAAUGGCGCCUAUACCCUGAUGGCCAAGAACGAGUAUGGGAAAGAUGAGAAACGGGUGGACGCUCAUUUCAUGGGCCGUCCUGUUGACGGUACAGACCCAAUUUACGACUCUGGCCUUUAUGGUAUCUAUGAGUAUGAAACCACAUCUAAUGAUAUUGGGGACACUACAAAUAUAAGUACUCAAAUCACUUCCACGGAUGUGUCCAACAAGGAGAAUGAAGAUAGUAUCACAGUGUAUGUGGUAGUGGGAAUUGCAGCCUUGGUGUGUACUGGCCUGGUGAUAAUGCUGAUUAUUCUUAAGUUUGGAAGACAUUCCAAGUUUGGCAUGAAAGGUCCUUCUUCAGUCAUCAGCAACGAUGACGACUCAGCCAGCCCGCUCCAUCACAUCUCUAACGGAAGCAACACCCCAUCCUCCUCCGAAGGUGGCCCAGAUGCAGUAAUCAUCGGCAUGACCAAGAUCCCCGUCAUUGAAAAUCCCCAAUACUUUGGCAUCACCAACAGUCAGCUCAAGCCGGACACAUCUUUGCAGCGAAACUCUUUCCAGAUGCAUUUGCCCACCACCACUACCACGAGCGAAGACAGUAACAACAACCAAGAAAGUCGCAAGGAACUUAGUUUCUUUUUUCCAGUUGUUCAGCACAUCAAGCGGCAUAAUAUUGUUCUGAAAAGGGAACUGGGAGAAGGAGCCUUUGGGAAAGUUUUCCUGGCGGAGUGCUAUAACCUCUGUCCCGAUCAUGACAAGAUCUUGGUGGCCGUGAAGACCCUGAAGGAUGCCAGUGACAAUGCCCGGAAGGAUUUCCACCGGGAAGCUGAACUUCUGACGAAUCUCCAGCACGAGCACAUCGUGAAGUUCUUUGGGGUCUGUGUGGAAGGGGAUCCUCUCAUUAUGGUCUUCGAGUACAUGAAGCAUGGAGAUCUCAACAAAUUCCUCAGGGCUCACGGACCCGAUGCAGGGCUGAUGGCCGAAGGCAACCGUCCCGUGGAGCUGACCCAAUCCCAGAUGUUGCACAUCGCCGAGCAGAUUGCCGCUGGCAUGGUCUACCUGGCAUCCCAGCACUUUGUGCACCGCGACCUUGCCACCCGGAACUGCCUGGUCGGAGAGAAUCUUCUGGUGAAAAUUGGCGACUUUGGAAUGUCCCGAGAUGUGUACAGCACUGAUUACUAUAGGGUCGGAGGUCACACGAUGCUGCCUAUCCGCUGGAUGCCCCCGGAGAGCAUCAUGUAUAGGAAGUUUACCACAGAAAGUGAUGUCUGGAGCUUGGGUGUUGUGUUAUGGGAGAUCUUCACAUACGGCAAACAACCAUGGUACCAGCUCUCAAACAACGAGGUGAUCGAGUGCAUCACUCAGGGCCGGGUCCUGCAGCGACCUCGCACGUGCCCAAAGGAGGUCUACGAUCUGAUGCUGGGGUGCUGGCAGCGGGAGCCCCACAUGAGGCUCAACAUCAAAGACAUCCACUCCCUCCUUCAGAACUUGGCCAAGGCUUCUCCAGUCUACCUGGAUAUUCUGGGCUAGAGCCCUCCGCCCCACCC